CAGUCAAUGGCACUCCGGUACAAUCCCCCUCUUCACGACAUCGUUUUCGUCUCCUUUUCUUCACACACUCUCACACUAUUCACUUAUUUCUCUACCCUAAACCUCCGCUCUAUCUCCGUCCUCAACAUCCUUCACUCCCACCGGAGACAUUCUCGCCGGAAAACACCUACGGACAAUUUCCGAUUAAAUGGCCGACGAGAUUGCGCAAUCGGUCGAGUCCGGUCUCAAGCUCUCGAAACGGAUUUACUACGGAAAAGAACGGUCGCCGCCGACGCCAGCUGCGAUGGAGAGGUCGUCGCCGGAGACGUACGUUCCGACGGCGCCGAUGGUGUAUGCGGUGAUAACUGAGCCGUCGAUUGUUGAUAAUCCGGACAUUCCGAGCUACCAGCCGUACGUGUACGGCCGCUGCGAACCGCCGGCGUUAAUUCCGCUUCAUAUGCACGAGAUUGCUAUGGAAGUGGACUGUUAUUUGGAUACUGCGUUUGUAACGGUGAGUGGAACCUGGCGUGUUCACUGUGUUGCUGCAAGCAAAUGCUGUGAUUGUCGCAUUGCCAUACCCAUGGGCGAGCAGGGUUCAGUUCUAGGUGUCGAGGUUGAAAGUUCAACAAGAUCAUAUUACACUCGGCUGAUCACAACUGAAGAUACAGAAGAUAGUAAAAAAGUAGAUAAAGCUAAAGACGGAUGCUUAUUGAAAGGCCAGAUAUACACACUAAAAGUUCCUCAGGUUGAUGGUGGGUCCAAACUUUCUAUGAAAGUCACCUGGUCUCAGAAGUUAUUGUAUCAUGAUGAUCAGUUCUGUCUCCAUUUACCAUUUAGCUUUCCAGCACAUGUCAUACCGGUUGGGAAGAGAAUUUCUAAAAGAGAAAAGAUACUGUUGAAUGUGAACCCUGGUACUGGGACAGAGCUUUUAUGCAAAACUACUAGCCAUCCUCUAAAGGAAUUAAGACGCGAAGUUGGGAAAUUAAGCUAUUUAUAUGAAGCCGAAGUUUCGACAUGGUCUAUUACUGACUUCAAUUUUUCAUAUACUGUUUAUUCAGGCAACAUGUUUGGUCGUCUUCUCUUGCAGUCCCCAUCUCUGCAUGAUAUUGACCAGAGAGAGAUGUUUUGCUUUUAUCUUUUCCCAGGACUUAACAAGAGUCCAAAGGUUUUCAAAAAGGAAAUGGUAUUUAUAGUUGAUGUAAGUGGAAGCAUGAGGGGAGUUCCUCUUGAGAAUGCAAAAAAUGCAUUAGCAGCAGCUCUUUCUAUGCUCAAUCCAGAAGAUUCUUUUAACAUAAUUGCUUUCAAUGAGAAUACUCGAUUAUUCUCUUCAUCAAUGGAGCUGGCAUCCAAAGUAACAAUUGAAAAUGCAAUGCAGUGGAUUAACACAAAUUUGAUCGCUGAUGGUGUUACAAACAUUUUGCUUCCCUUAAAUCAGGCAAUAGAGAUGGUGGCCAAAACUAGUGAUGCAGUUCCUUUCAUUUUUCUCAUUACUGACGGGGCUGUUGAAGAUGAAAGACACAUUUAUAAUGUUAUGAAAGGUCACCUCAUAAAUAGAGGAUCAAUUUGCCCUCGAAUUUGUACUUUUGGCAUAGGCUCAUACUGCAAUCAUUACUUCCUGCAAAUGCUAGCACAAAUUGGGAGGGGCUUGUAUGAUGCUGCAUAUGAUGUAGAUUCAAUCAACUCUCGAAUGCAAAGAUUAUUCAACACUGCUUCAUCAGUCCUUCUUGCCAAUGUAACAAUUGAUGCUUUGGAACAGGUUGAUUCUGUUGAGUUGUACCCGUUUCAUAUUCCUGACCUUUCAUCUGAAAGCCCAUUGAUUGUGUCAGGCAGAUACCAUGGAAACUUUCCGGACUCUAUUGAAGCUAGUGGUAUCUUGGCAGACAUGAGCAAUUUCACAGUAAAUGUGAAAGUGCAAAAAGUAAAGGACAUGCCACUUGACAAAGUAUUUGCAAGGAGGCAAAUUGAUUUACUCACAGCUCAAGCAUGGUUGUUGGAGAGUAAACUAGUAGAAGAGAAGGUUGCAAAAAUGAGCAUACAAACAGGGAUACCUUCGGAGUACACCAGCAUGAUUUUAGUUCAGAGUCUUCAGACCGAUAAAGGGAAGCAAGGUUCUGAAUCAAUUAUGAUGCAAGAGAAUAAAACAGCCGAGCUGACUAACAAGGAAAUCAUUUACCUCCGGAACCUGGGUCUUGGAUUUGGCAACUUGAUUGCCACGGCUGAGAAUCGUCCUCCAGGAAUAGAGGAAGUAAAGUUGCAUGAAACUUCAGAAACCGUAAUGACGGCAGCUUCCACUUGUUGCAGCUGGAUGCUAGAUCGCUUCUGUUGCAUGUGUUUCAUCCAGGCUUGUUCACGCAUGAAUGACCAAUGUGCAAUUGCUCUCACACAGCUUUGCACUGCCCUUGCUUGUUUUGAGUGCCUCAAUUGUUGCUGUGAGGUUUGUGAUGGUUGUGACCAGUGCUGCUGACAAUUGGAAUUGAACAUAAAAAUACCAGAUUGUGGUAUAACCCUAUGUUUGUGUGUACAUAUUUAUGUCUUAUAGUAAUACAUUGCGUUAGUAAUCUACUGGUUUUCUUUUCUCUUUUUA